GUAGAGUGUUGUGAGUCUCUGAAGCACCUUAGCAGUUUCUUUCACUCCUCCUAGAAGGCCAGGUGUCACAGGAAAACUUCACUUUUUUGUUACAAGAAUUAAGUGGCAUCCAGAAACGGCAGCUGAUUGUCGACCUUCUGCUGAGUGGAUGGCAACACCAUUAAAAAUGUCUCUUCCUUCCUGGAAAUCCCGCAAAGAGUUCACGUUCCCAGGCUGUUGGAUCUCUUCCGUGUCGAUGGAUAAUAUUUGAUAUGUGCCCUGUAAAUCCUGCCCUGGGACUCUGUCACCGGAGGGGUGCCUGAUGCCUGUAAUCCCCAUUCCCCGGCGGGUCCGUUCGUUCCACGGCCCCCACACCACCUGCCUGCAUUCGGCCUGUGGCCCGGUGAGGACCACUCACUUGGUGCGUACCAAGUACAACAACUUCGACAUCUAUCUCAAAAGCCUAUUUCCCUCCAUCCUCUGGGUGGCACUCUCGAUCUUGUUUUGCCUUCAGUACCUCGGCAUCCGCAUCUUUCUGCGUUUCCAGUACAAACUCUCCAUCAUCCUCCUCUUACUGGGGCGAAGGCGAGUCGACUUCAGCCUCAUGAAUGAACUGCUCAUCUAUGGAAUUCAUGUGACCAUGCUGCUAGUGGGGGGGCUGGGAUGGUGUUUCAUGGUAUUUGUGGAUAUGUAAAUAAAACAAGCGCAUGUGGGCUGAGAAGGUGACUUUUCUUCUACCCUAAAAUGUGUCAAUAUCUUCUUUUCUUUUUUAUAUAAAUUAAUUUAUUUAUCAGUGCUACUUUUUAUUGAUAAAUUAACGUACUUGUCUCUGGAAUUUGUAUUUUUUUUGAGGGUUGAGGUGCCAUUUUGGUUAUCAAAGUGCAACACUUGAGUAUUUUGUUCUUUGCACAGUGCGAGUUAAUAUAAAUUUCGUUUAGUCCAUAGGAGCCUACCUUGCUGCUGUUCCUGGAUUGCUGUGGGCAUG